CCUCCAGUCUCCACCCCUUGGAGCUGGUCUUCCUUUUCUAGAGCUUGUGUAAAAACUCUCAGUACUGGCUUACUCUGCAAGAAGCGCUUUCAACUCCUGCCUCACCCUCUCCCCCCUGACCUUGAUCUGAGGAUGGCUAGGAGACCAAGGAACAGCAUAUACAGCUCGGAGGAUGAUGAUGACGAGAUAGAAAUGUAUGAGCAUGACUACGAUGGCCUUUUGUCCAAGAGCAAACGCCACUUAGGAAAAACACGCUGGACCCGUGAAGAGGAUGAGAAACUCAAGUCAUUAGUGGAACAGAAUGGCACAGAAGACUGGAAAGUUAUUGCCAGUUUCCUUCCUAACCGAACAGAUGUACAGUGCCAACACCGAUGGCAGAAAGUUUUAAACCCAGAACUCAUCAAAGGUCCAUGGACCAAGGAAGAGGAUCAACGGGUGAUAGAACUUGUGCACAAAUAUGGUCCCAAACGCUGGUCUGUGAUUGCCAAGCACUUGAAGGGCAGAAUUGGCAAGCAAUGCAGAGAGAGGUGGCAUAAUCAUCUCAAUCCAGAAGUUAAGAAGACCUCGUGGACAGAGGAGGAGGACAGAAUAAUAUACGAAGCUCAUAAGCGUCUAGGAAACAGAUGGGCUGAGAUUGCCAAGCUUCUUCCUGGAAGAACUGAUAAUGCUAUCAAGAACCACUGGAACUCUACCAUGCGGCGCAAGGUUGAACAGGAAGGCUAUCUUCAGGAAUCAGCCAAAGCCAACCAGUCAUCUGUAGCCACAAACUUCACGAAGAACAACCACUUGAUGGGUUUCACCCAUGCACCACCUUCUACUCAGCUCUCCCAAUCCAGCCAGUCUCUUGUGACUAAUUACUCUUAUUACCAUACGCCUGAGCAGCAAGCUUCCUAUCCAGUAGCUUUGCAUGUAAAUAUUGUCAAUGUCCCACAAGCAGCGACUGCGGCUGUCCAGAGACACUAUAAUGAUGAGGAUCCUGAGAAAGAAAAACGUAUAAAAGAAUUAGAGUUGCUGCUUAUGUCAACUGAGAAUGAACUAAAAGGACAGCAAGCACUACCGAAUCAUUCUCCUGAUUACCCCGUGUGGCACAGCACAACCAUUGCAGACAAUUCCAGACUCCAUGGGGAUAGUGUACCUAUCUCCUGCCAUGGAGACCACCAGCAUUCCAUACCCUCUCCACCAGUGGACCACGGCUGUUUGCCUGAAGAAAGUGCAUCCCCUGCUCGAUGUUUUGGGGUUAACCUGUUUAUCCAGAUGAAGAACAUGCCUGAGUACUCUGAAACCAUGCAGUUUAUAGACUCAGCUCCUUCGUCAUGGAGUGAACUCAACAAUUGUGAAAACUAUGAGAAAGCAGAUUCCUCCCUCACCAGACCUCCCUCAGUCCAAGCCUCCGAGCCUCACGAGGGAUCAGGUAGCCUCACCAGCCCUGAGGAUACCCCUGAUGCAACUUUAAACAAAAACAUGUUGUGUCAGGACUUCCCCACAUCUUCCAGCCUCUUAAAUUCCUCAAAAGUCACCCCGUCGCCGCUGAUCAUCCUGUGCAAAAAGAGCUACUUAGCCAAUGGAGAGAAUGGUUUAUUUAGCUGGGCAGACAUCAACAUUUCUACGCCCAAGCGCUCCCCUAUCGAAAGCCUGCCCUUCUCUCCCUCCCAGUUCUUAAACACUGCAGCACAUGAAAAUCUGGAAAUGGAGCAUCCCUCUCUCACCUCAACACCUUUCUGUACAUCUCACAAAACUGCCCUGUCUGCACCUCUGCAUCGAGACCACACUCCAAGGUUUCAGAAGGAAAAUCAUAUUCUCCGAACUCCAGCAAUGAAAAGAUCAAUCCUUGAAAGCUCUCCAAGGACUCCUACCCCUUUCAAAAAUGCACUAGCAGCUCAGGAAUUCAAAUAUGGCCCUCUAAAGUUCUUGCAUCACACUCACACCCCUACACACCUUGUAGAAGACUUGCAAGAAGUCAUCAAACAGGAGAAUGAUGAAUCUGGCAUUGCGUUGGAUCUCCAUGAAUCUGAUGAACCCCAACUGAAAAAGAUCAAACAAGAGGUAGAGUCACCAUGUCAUAAGGUUUUUCUCUGUGAUCAAUGGGAAACAGAGAACCUUACCACUCAGCUUUUCAUACAGCCUAAUACUAUAGAAGAUACUCAAAAUAAUCUUCUUACCAGCUCUCUGCUAAUGAGGCCAAUGUAUGAAAAAGAAGACUACAAAUGUAAAACAUUUCCCUUCCCCAAGAAUCGAUCCUAUACAAGCCCAUUACAGCAUCUGAACACAUGGGAUUCAAUGUCUUGUGGAAAGACAGAAGAUCAAAAGAUCAUGACUGAACCGUACUGCAAGUACAUGAAAUCCUUAUCCACUCUAGUCAUGUAAAGAUGUAGCAUGGCCCAGACAAGCAUUAUCAUUAUAUAAACACUUCAAGAUGACAUGGAAUUGUGUUUUACAAUUCCUCUACAUAAAACUUUGGGAUUUUUUGUUUGAUUGGGAGAACUUUGUUGUGGUACAACAGUUGGGAGAAGCACCAAGUGCAUUUUGUUUUAGUCACUGAGAGUAUUCUUGGAUAUCAUAUUACUUUUAAAACAAUUUAUAUAUAAUUGUUUUACUGGAGAUUUGAUAUUUGCCAAAAAAAAAAAAAUGACGCCUAUAUUUUAGGUGUUACUUUGUAAUGUAGUAUAAUUUUCAUAAGCAAAAAUAUUUUGGAGAACAAGCAAAUCUUUACCAGUAUUGUUUUAUAUGUGUAUAUUUUGGCAUAUAGAGAGCAGGAACUCUACCAGUUUUUUAAUUGUCAAUAGACAAAAUGCAUUGGUACCAAAUAAAGUAGCAAGCUUUACUACAUAAUUCCUUAUUUAUCACAGGUAUACAAAUAACAGAAGGUUGUAUGAAAUUUAUGAAUACUCCAAAUUAAUAUUUGAAGUAUAUUCAUGUAAUUACCAUGUGUGGAUUUAUUUUUUCCAGGUUUUUUUUAUGUAUGAAUUAGCUUGCUUAAGAAUUUAUCAGACUGGAAAUACAUAGUUUUUAUAAAGCGAAUUAUAUUUUUAUUCAAUAAUUUAAUUUUUUUUUAUAUAACAAAUGCCAAAUUAAUAAUGAUCUGGGGGUUUUUAGUGUUUUUUUUUUGUUUUGUUUUUUAAAUGCCCCCCACUCCCCACCCGCUGCUAUAAUUAUAGCAUGUAGACAUGCUGGCAUUGUGAAAGUACAAAAGGAAUUUGUACAGAGACGACCACUUUGGUGAUGUCUGCUUAAUUAUGCACUAGCAUUUCAUAUCCAUUUUUGUUUUUAUCUUUCAACUUUUUUGUGUGCGUUUAAUUUUUCUACGAAAAAAAAACAUACUGGGAGAUUGUUUAAAGUCUUGCACCUUCAGUUUGUUUGGGAGAAGACCAUGUCUAUUUUGUUUCCUAUUUUUGUUUUCCAACUUGUCUUUUGUCUGUAUAUUUCUCGUGUUUUUUGUUGCAACAUUUAUGUACAGUACUGCCUUUUUAUCUAAAAAAGAAAACAAAAAAAAAAUGUAAAAAUGAGAACACUGUUUUUUACGGAUUUUGAAUUCUGCUGCCUUAAAAUAUUUUUUUUAGUGCAGCAAUUCU